GUGGGGCUGGUGUACAUGUUCCUGGGCGUGUCCAUCAUCGCUGACCGCUUCAUGGCGUCCAUUGAGGUCAUCACGUCGCAGGAGAGGCGGAUCACCAUCAAGAAGCCGAACGGGGAGAAGGUCACCACGACGGUGCGCAUUUGGAAUGAGACGGUGUCCAACCUGACCCUGAUGGCGCUGGGUUCGUCCGCCCCGGAAAUCCUCCUGUCAGUCGUGGAAGUCUGUGGUCACAACUUCAACGCCGGUGAGCUCGGUCCCAACACCAUCGUAGGAAGUGCCGCCUUCAACAUGUUCGUCAUCAUUGGCCUCUGCGUGUCCGUCAUCCCUGAAGGAGAGACCCGGAAGGUGAAGCACCUGCGGGUGUUCUUCGUCACCGCCACCUGGAGCGUCUUCGCCUACAUCUGGCUCUACCUGAUCCUCGCUGUCAUCUCUCCGGGGGUUGUUCAGAUAUGGGAGGGGCUUCUCACGCUCUUCUUCUUCCCGCUUUGCGUCGGAUUCGCUUACGUGGCCGACCGCAGGCUGCUCUUCUACAAGUAUAUGUACAAGCGAUACAGAGCGGGGAAGCAGAAGGGAAUGAUCAUCGAAACUGAGGGGGAGCCAGAGCUGCCCUCAAAGAUCGACAUCGAAAUGGACGGUAAAAUGCUCAACUCCCACGGCGAGGAAUUCCUGGAUGGGGAGGCAGGGUUUGAGGAGAAGGAGCUGGAUGAGGAGGAGUCCCGCAGAGAGGUGGCCCGGAUCUUGAAGGAGCUGAAGCAGAAGCAUCCGGAGAAGGAGAUGGAGCAGCUGAUGGAACUCACCAACUACCAGGUUUUAACACAGCAGCAGAAGAGUCGGGCUUUUUAUCGCUGCCAGGCCACCAGGAUCAUGACCGGAGCAGGAAACGUCCUGAAGAAACACGCCGCUGACCAGGCCAAGAGAGCCACUCAGUUCGACCUGAGCUCUGAGGUGUCGGCCAACGACUUCUCCUCCAAGGUGUUCUUCGACCCUGGGACCUACCAGUGUCUGGAGAACUGUGGCAGCAUGUUGCUGAACGUGGUGCGUCGUGGUGGAGACCUGACCAGCACUGUGGCCGUGGAUUACCGGACUCAAGAUGGCACCGCCAAUGCCGGCUCGGACUACCGGUUCACCGAAGGGACCGUGGUGUUCAAACCCGGCGAGACCGAGAAGGAGAUCUGCAUCGACAUCAUCGAUGAUGACAUCUUUGAGGAGGACGAGCAUUUCCUGGUUCACCUCAGCAACGUGAAGGUCGUGUCGGAGGACAAGCACGUGGACGCCCUGGCAGGUCUGGGUUUGCCGUGCACGGCCACUGUCACCAUCUUCGAUGACGACCACGCCGGCAUCUUCACGUUCGAGGAGCCGGUGGUAGCGGUGAGCGAGAGCGUUGGGGUGAUGGAGGUGAAGGUCGUGAGGACCUCUGGAGCUCGAGGUGUCGUGGUGGUGCCAUACAAGACCACGGAGGGGACGGCUAAAGGAGGCGGCGAGGACUUUGAGGACACACAUGGAGUCCUGGAGUUUGAGAACGAUGAGAUCUUGAAAACCAUUCGGAUCAAUAUAAUCGAUGACGAGGAGUACGAGAAAAACAAGAACUUCUUCCUAGAACUUGGGGAGCCCCAGCUGUUGGAGAUGACCCAGAGGAAAGCUGUGUUGCUUCAAGAAGCCGGUGGAUUCGUGAAGACAGGUAGGAGACCUUCUCUCAGCUCUGUUGCUCUGGAGCCAGGUAGAGACGUCUACAGGAAGGUUCAGGGACGAGAGCAUCCUGCCGCCUCCACCUUCAUCAGCAUCACAGAGGAUGGAGCUGAGGAGGUGCUGACCAAGAAGGAGGAGGAGGAGCGUCGGAUUGCCGAGAUGGGCCGACCGACGCUGGGAGAGCACGUCAAACUGGAGGUCAUCAUCGAGGAAUCCUAUGAGUUCAAGAGCACAGUGGAUAAGCUCAUCAAGAAGACCAACCUGGCUCUGCUGAUCGGGACCAACAGCUGGAGGGAGCAGUUUGUGGAGGCCAUCACCGUCAGCUCCGGUGACGAUGAUGACGAUGACGAAUGUGGUGAGGAGAAGGUGCCCUCCUUUUUUGACUACGUCAUGCACUUCCUCACCGUCUUCUGGAAGCUUCUGUUUGCCUUCGUUCCUCCCACCGACUACUGGAACGGCUGGGCCUGCUUCGUCGUUUCCAUCUCCGUCAUCGGGAUCCUGACGGCAGUGAUUGGAGACCUGGCGUCCCAUUUUGGUUGCACCGUUGGCCUCAAAGACUCCGUCACUGCGGUGGUGUUCGUCGCUUUGGGCACUUCAGUACCAGACACCUUUGCCAGUAAGGUGGCAGCCAUCCAGGACCAAUAUGCUGACGCCUCCAUUGGCAACGUCACAGGAAGUAACGCUGUCAACGUCUUCCUGGGUAUCGGUGUGGCCUGGUCCAUCGCCGCCAUCUACCACUACAUCAAGGGUGAAGAGUUCAAGGUGGACCCGGGCACACUGGCCUUCUCUGUCACACUCUUCACCAUCUUUGCCUUCAUCUGCAUCGCCGUCCUCAUCUACCGCCGCCGACCCGAGAUUGGCGGGGAGCUCGGAGGCCCCCGGGUGCCCAAGACCCUUACCACCUGCCUGUUCUUCAGCCUGUGGUUAAUGUAUAUCAUCUUCUCCUCGCUGGAGGCCUACUGUCACGUAGAGGGCUUCUAGUGUUCUGCUUCGGACUGCUCCAGAGGUUCUAAUGGGUUCUGAUUGGUAGUGGUGGAUUAGGUUCCUGCAUGUACUAACAGGUUCCUAUUAUGUGUUUUAGUCUAAAGGUUGUAACAGGGCCUGACACUUGGUGAUCCCCAAAGGUUCUGAUGACAGGUUUCUUAAUACGGCACAUACAUGUU